UUAGGAACUAAACAUUACGGGAACUUUCCUUUUAGUAUAGUGUAACCGAUAAAGAUGGAUCUCCUUCAUAGUAAUGGUGUGCUUAUAAUUCAGCAUUUACAGAAGGAUUACAGAUCUUACCAUGACUUUCUAAAUUUCAUGUCACAAGUAGGAGAUCCCCGGAAUAUAUUUUUAAUUUAUUUUCCUCUUUGGUUCCAACUUAACCAAGUGGUUGGUACUAAAAUGAUAUGGGUGGCAGUCAUUGGAGAUUGGUUCAACCUCAUAUUUAAAUGGAUUUUAUUUGGCCAUCGUCCAUAUUGGUGGGUCCAAGAAACAAUGAUCUAUCCCAAUCAAUCGAGCCCAUGUCUUGAACAAUUUCCUAUAACAUGUGAAACUGGGCCAGGAAGCCCAUCUGGCCACGCCAUGGGAUCUUCUUGUGUCUGGUAUGUAAUGGUAACAGCAGCACUUAGCUACACAGUGAGGUGGAAAGAUGAAUCCGCAAUUACACUGCACAGACUUACCUGGUCAUUCCUCUGGAGUGUGUUUUGGAUUAUUCAGAUCAGUGUGUGUCUCUCUAGAGUAUUCAUAGCAACACAUUUCCCACAUCAAGUUAUUCUUGGAGUAAUUGGUGGAAUGCUUGUUGCUGAAGCAUUUGAACAUACCCCUGCUAUCCAGACAGCGAGUUUGAGAACGUACAUCAAGACAAAUUUGUUUCUCUUCAUCUUUGCUCUUGGCUUUUACCUGCUUCUCAAACUUAUUGAUGUUGAUCUUCUAUGGUCCGUUCCAAAGGCAAAGAAAUGGUGUGCCAAUCCAGACUGGAUAAACAUUGACACAACUCCAUUUGCUGGACUGGUGAGAAAUUUAGGUGCACUCUUUGGGUUAGGUCUUGGCAUUAAUUCUGAAAUGUUCAUCAUGAGCUGUAAAGGUACAAAUGGAUAUAAGACGAGUUUCAGACUACUGUGCAUAGCUGCUUCUUUAGUUACCUUGCAGCUGUUUGAUUUUAUCAAGUUACCCACACACACCGAGUAUUUGUUUUAUGUUCUUUCUUUUUGUAAAAGUGCAGCCAUACCUCUUACUGUAGUUGCCUUGAUUCCAUACUGCAUACACUUGUUAAUGAGGCCAACUGAAAAGAAGUUAAAUUAGAUGAACUUUCAAAAUAGUCUGAAAAAAUGUGGACGCAUUUAGAUACAAGUGGUGUUCUGUGACUCCAUUCUGAACAGUGGUGUGUGUCACUGUGUGUUUGAUGUGCUCCCGGUAAGUCCCAUGCCCAAAGGCAGUACAUUCAGGAAUGACACUGUCAUGUCACAACCACUGAUUGGCUUGCAUUUUGACUUCAUUCCCAGAAGUACUGCAAGGAUUGACAAUGCAGCAUGGCUGCCUAACACCACUGCGGGUAUGCACAUGUUUUGAUGCGUGUUGGGAUUAGCCACAGCUUGUAGAUUUUCUAGUUCUUAUACACUUUCCAUUGGAUGGUGCUGCAUCUCCCAUAUCAUCAUUCCACUUUCCAUUUUAUAUAUAAAAAUGCUGCAUGUUAAUCUGCUGGAAAAUUAGGUGUGAUAAAAUCACACUAAUUCAACUACAUGAAUACAGCCAUGUAGUGUGGUGAAGUUCUGCAUAGUUUGCCAAACUUUAGAUUUAACUUAGUGUUUUCUGAGUGAAGCAUCUUCUGACUGAGUCAGGAAAGAAGAAGAAAAUAUUUUUAAAAAGAUUAGUCUGAAAUAAUGUAAUUUCAGUCCACUUGAUUCUAUUUCUAGGGCUAUUGACAGAGCAGAUAACUUUGUA